GGCUGGUGGCUCACACUGUUGUGUCACAGAGGAGUUCCAGGAUAACGGCAGAAAGACAUCUUAUCAGUUAUUGGAGAACACCCAGGACAGAAAGGAUAUACAAUACCUUCUUUUAUGAUUUUAAAUAUUGAUCAGGGUUAGCAAUACCUGUGCUUCAUUACAGAAUGUCCUGUGGUAAUGGUGAAACUGGUGGGCACUCUAUGUAUAACCUCUGUGGUCAGGGUCAAAGCUCCAGCGCCCAGUUAGGUAGUCUGCAUGGUCAUAGGAAGUCUUCAGGAUUGUUGGAAGUCACAGGGAACCUAAACAAUAAGCAAUAUUCUUCAGUGGCACUAGCUUCAGAUACCAUGGUGAAUAAUGGAUCAGGAAUUCCCCCUAACUCUGAGGAAGACACAAAGGAUUCAGCAUUCCAGCUCAGCAACCCGCCUAUGACAGAAAGUGAAAUCCGUAGGACCUACACUACGAAGUGUUUCUAUGGCCCUUACUUAACCAAAACUAGUAUGCAGGGAGAUGUCUACAACUUCCUGGAGAGGCCUAGUGGAUGGAAGUGUUUUAUUUACCAUUUUACUGUAUUUCUACUGGUGCUGAUUUGUUUAAUUUUCAGUGUACUCUCUACUAUAGAACAUUAUUCAGAAUUUGCCACAGGGACCCUUUUCUGGAUGGAAAUUGUUCUGGUGGUGUUUUUUGGUGCUGAAUAUUUGGUGCGGCUAUGGUCUGCUGGUUGCAGAAGUAAAUAUGUUGGCUUUAAGGGAAGACUACGUUUUGCCAGAAAGCCUAUAUCAAUUAUUGAUCUUAUUGUUGUGAUAGCCUCAAUUAUUGUUCUGAGUGUAGGAUCAAAUGGGCAGGUGUUCGCCACGUCUGCCAUAAGAGGAAUCCGGUUUCUCCAGAUACUUCGCAUGCUUCAUGUAGAUCGGCAGGGUGGCACUUGGAGACUCUUAGGAUCAGUUGUUUUCAUACAUCGUCAGGAACUCAUAACUACUCUGUACAUUGGAUUCUUGGGACUGAUCUUCUCAUCCUAUUUUGUCUAUCUUGCUGAGAAGGAUGCAGUGGAUGAAGAUGGAAGAACAGGUUUCUCCAGCUAUGCUGAUGCCCUGUGGUGGGGUGUGGUAACGGUCACAACAAUUGGUUAUGGAGACAAAGUACCACAGACGUGGAUUGGGAAGACAAUUGCUUCCUGUUUCUCAGUAUUUGCUAUAUCUUUUUUUGCUCUUCCAGCGGGGAUUCUGGGUUCUGGUUUUGCCUUGAAGGUACAACAGAAGCAACGUCAGAAGCAUUUCAACAGGCAAAUCCCAGCGGCAGCUUCUCUAAUUCAGACUUUAUGGCGGUGCUAUGCAGCAGAGAAAUCAUAUAGUUCUACAGCAACAUGGAAGAUCUAUGUUACUUCGCCUGCUCAAAAUACCAAAAAAACACCAGCGCCAUCUAGCCCCAGUCUGAGAAAACAGUCUAGAAGAUAUAAAAGAAAAGGAAAACCUGGGCGUGAUAAUGGCUCGACACCAAUAGUAAAUCCUGGACAGACUACCUUACCCAUUCCACAAAUUACUUACGAUCACAUUGAUGAAAGAGAAGACAAAAAAGACGUGGCUUUUUACCUUGAUGAACCUGGAGUGAGAAGGCGCUUAGAAGGGAACAGCAAUGAAAUGUCACAGGACAACAGCUUCACUGAGGACAUAGACCUCACAUCAGAGGAGUCACCACUGCCUGUUGUAUCUGAUGUGGCCCACAUUUCGAUCAGGAGUGAUAGCAAAUCAGAGAAUAAAACAAUGAGUGCAAGGUUAACUGAAGCACACCGAAUAGCUGUCAAAGUCAUAAGGAGAAUGCAAUAUUUUGUAGCCAGAAGAAAAUUUCAGCAAGCUCGAAAACCGUAUGAUGUACGCGAUGUAAUUGAACAGUACUCUCAAGGACACCUUAAUAUGAUGGUUCGCAUAAAAGAACUUCAAAGAAGAUUGGAUCAUUCCUUAGGGAGGCCUGGUCUUUUUCUUCCAGAAAAAGGGGUAGACAAAGGAUACUAUACUGUAGGAGCCAGACUGAUCCGGUUAGAGGAUAAGGUCACGCAGAUGGACCAAAAGCUUGAUGACAUCCUGAGCAGUCUCCAAACUCAAUUUGGCACUCAGCCACAAGCGCAGACAUCAACCCCAGCCACCCCAACUGGUAGACGUUUUCGGUCAUCCUUGGAUUCCCCUCCUAUGAACCGGAAAAUGUAAAAGCGGCAGGAUACCACCCGGUCACCUUCUCCUUCUUUCAAGUAUGGUUACUUUUAUUAUUGAUGUCUGGAACUUCUGCAUUCGUCAUUGGCUGAAGUUAAAUAUUCUGCGGCAGUCUGUUAAAUUAAAAAAAGCAAAAAAGCUCAUCACACCCCGAUGUGUACAAACCCACAAACUUUUGCGCCCAAUAUCUUAGCAAUUAUGGGAGAAUCCAUGUCAGCUUGUGGGAUGCUGAUAGUCUGGUGUAGUAUUUAGGCGGACUGUACCCUUAUAUACACACACACAGAGCACAUUGUUAAAGUGAGAAUCCCAUAACAGGGUAGGACAACUCUCAUUCGUAGGUGAAACGAAAGAGGAUUGCCUUUUUGGCACUCACUCUUCUGUUCGCACUAGCUUAAUGCAUGCAGCAUGCUCGAGCAGGGGAGGGGGCCAGCAUUUGAACAGGAAACAAAUGGAAAUCAGUGAACAGGAAAAUUAAACAGCAUGUUUUGAAGUAAAGACUUCAACCAAGCAGCGAAGAUCAUGAAAGGGGCAGAUUUAUCUGCUAGUUUGAAUGACAAAGUAAAGACAACAGGCUACUGAUUAAAAAUAUGAAAGUGUACAGAGGCUGGUUGACAUGCAAAAGACUGAAGCAAGACCUCAGCUAAUUAAAGCAAAGCGUUUGCCAAUGUGACGAGAUGCACGUUGGAACAGACAGAAAUGAGAGAUAAAAUCUGCUUUGGGUAACAGCACAAGAACAUUUUAAUAGCUAUCAGCUGCACUGAUGACUGUUAUCCAGAAUGUUCUCACUGUUUUACUUUCAGUCAGUGAGGAUUAUUGACUCCAGUUGCCUUAUUUUUAAUAAAUGAAACUGGUAUAAUAACGAGAUGCGUAAAAACAUGCAAAGCCCAGUUUGAAUGACUGAACUAACCCUGUACAGCCGCAGUGCUGCCGGAGUGAUGUUGAAUGACAAUGUUUUGAAAAAACAAAUGCACACACACUGUAGAUGAAAGCUAGUCUUUAUCUAAAUAAAGUGCUGUAUAUAAAAAUGCUGUGUUUUCAUGUAAUUUGAUUGUAAAUUGAGUACAUAUGCUGGCUGAAGUAUUGUUUCUGUGAAAUGCUAAUGAUGCGUACAAUUACCUGUGUAAGAAAAUGUAUCUUCUCUUGCACAUCAGCCAAGCAAUAAUAUUGCUGAAUAUGUAAAU